AUGAUAGUUACAUUCAAUUCAAGAUCCCUGAAAAAGAGCAAAGACAAAAGUAAAACCACAGACACAGGUCCAACUUCAGUAAACACCGCCACGCAUAAAAUAUUGAAACCCAAAUCAGACGAUUCACUGAAUGGUAUAAAAGUAUUAAAUGGAUCUCAAGAUAUUUAUAAAUUCAAGUACCGUUCACGUAAUGGGUGCUUAACUUGUAAAGUAAGAAAGAAGAAAUGUUCUGAAGAGAAACCUACCUGUAAUGAUUGUCAAAGAUUCGGUAAAAAAUGUAUAUAUGUCGAUGACUCCAUGACAGAUGAAGAAGUCAAAUCACUUAAAAGAGAGGUGGAAAUACAAGAGAGUCAACAUAAACUACGAAAACGUAAACCAAAGUCAAAGCUGUCAGAUGAGGAUAAUUCCGAAUCGACUCUGAUGAAGCAGUCAGUUUCUACUCCUACCCCAAUGCUAAACACCACAGAAGUUGUUGAUCCUUUAGGUGAGUUUACAUAUAAUUCAAAUCUCAGAUCCACAAGUAAUCCUUCCCUGCCCCAUGCGUUAUCAAGAACUCCAACUAUUGAAAAUUUAAUCAAUCCGACAGAACCAGUUGAACUUCCACCAGCAACAUCAACAUCAACAACCUCCAAGAGAAUUAACACCACCACACCUUCGGAAUCAGCGAAAGCCCAAAAAGAUACCAUCGCUUUGUUUGCUAAGGAAAUUAGCCCCAACAGUCCUCUUGAAAUUGAUAGAUCUACACCCACAGCCUUCUUGAACUUUCUACGUGAUCUUAGUGCACUUGAGUCUCAUGGUAAUAAUCAAGGAACAGGAAACUCCGGAAAAAUUGAAGAAAUAGAAAACCCGGGGAGUCCAGAUAUACGGGAAAUUAUAUCUUCACCAGACUUCAAUUCCAUGUUGGAAUCAUUUGAAAAUUCCACUCAGCUACUUCAUUCGCCUAAUUUGACAUAUGCUGAUUUGGUGACGGGAUUGAAUUCAUUUGUGCAACAUGAAACACAAAUACCACCGUCCCCCAUAUAUAUUCCAGAAUUAGCUGAUCCUACUUGUUCAUAUCUAUACAAUUACUAUGCUGAUGUGUUAUCCAAAAAGAUCUCCAUUGCACCAAGCUCGCAGAAUGACUCGAAUUCCUAUCAGAAGGUCUUCUUACCAUUAGCGCAUAGAGAUAAAGGGGUGUUGUAUGCUAUACUUGCUUGGUCUGGCUUCCAUUUGGGUGGACAUUGGUCAGAUGAAGGGGUUAAAUUUUUGGAAUACGCGUUAGAUCAUUUGCAAAAGACUCCAGUGCAAAAUGGCGGUCAAGAUAGACAAACUAUAUUGAACCAAUUGGCUACAUUGAUGAUUUUGUGUGCAGCAGAAAUUUGUAAAGGUGAUGUGAAGAACUGGUCGGGUUUUUUGCAUUCUGGAUGGAAGUUACUUAUUAAAAAUGGUGGGAUUUUGAAUUUUAAUCAACUGAAGGAAGAACACUGGUUGAUUUCUAAUUUUGCUUACCAUGAUUUGUUGGCAAGUUCAUCAAUUGAAAGAGGUACUUAUUUUCCCUCCGAACAGUAUGAUUUCAUAUUUCAGGAUACACAAGGUUUCUCCACGGGAAAUUUGAAUCCUUUAUUGGGAAUUUCCAAAAAUUUGUACAGAAUUAUUGGGGAUAUCUCGACAUUGCUUUAUGCUAGUAAGAAAGAAAUGCAGGAAUUUUAUAAUCGUGAAUUCAAAGGGACUCCUCCAGAGAGCGCUAUUGACGAAGAAUGUGGAGGUCAUUCUGAUAUUGAAUCAGAAAUUAGUGAUCAUGGGAAAGUUGGCAACAUUCUUGCGCUGGUUAUUGCCAAAGUAAGGGCAUUAGAAGAAGAAAUUGACGAAUCUAAGCCAGCAGCACUGGAUUUAGUAGACUUGACUGAUCAAGAAUUGGAGUUACAAUUGACAUUGUUUGAAGCAUUUCAACUCAGUGCAAAACUAUUUUUAAGACAAUCAAUUAUGAAAUGCAAUCCUUCGAUGUUGGAAAGCCAAUCUUUGAAUAAUGAUUUGGUCAAAUGUUUGGAUAUUUUAGUCGGAACAUCAGUGCAGGCUUCAUUGGUAUUCCCUAUAUUUAUAUCUGGUAUUCAUUGUGUAUCCAAAUAUGAUCAAGAACUGAUGAGACACAGAAUUAAUAAAUUUAUCAAAUUGUAUGGACUUUGGAAUGUGUCAAGAGUUAGCUUUGUAUUAAACAAAAUAUGGAAAGAAAAUCCUGAUGGGAAUAAAGUUGUUGAUUGGCAUAAUCUGUUACGAGAACUAGGCUGGGACAUUAAUUUUGCUUAA